AUGGCGCUAAAUGCAAAGGGACGAGAGUUGCUGCGCGAACUUCAGCGCAGUGACUGGCUGCCACCAUACAAUGAAGACUUAGUGCGGCAGGUAGUGGAGGAGUCGGGGCUGUUGGAUGAGGAGAUUGCCCGGAAGAUGGCGUAUAGCUUGCUUUCUAGAUUGUGGAUGAGAUACCAAACAUUAGCUGCUGAUAUCUUGCUGCUACUUAUACUGGACAGUACCUUUGAAGACAACCUAGCUGAGCACAUGGCCGUACAGUGUGGCCUAGUCAUCAAUCAUCAAAGUCUUUUACGAAACAAGCGCUGUCUCAUCGCCUACAUACAUUAUCGUAUGAAAAAGAUUAAGGCACUUCGGUGGGAAGUAGGCACCAUCAUACCGUCCCAACUAGCCCAGAACCUUGGUCAGCGCGAAAUACAAUUCUUCAAUCAGUACGACCAACUUUUGACAGACUAUAUGGCCAAUUUCGAGCUCGACUUAUCAGCUGUACAAGACUGCACCGUAAUUUGUGGCUGUCGCUAUCUCAUUUCUAAUCCCUCCAUUGAUUUUCAGGAUUUGAAGCCACCAAAGGACUUGUACGUAGAAGUGCGCGUCCUGCGCGACUGCGGCGAGGUCAUGACUGAAAGCGGAUUAGUAAACUUAGAAGCUCAUUCACAACACUUUCUGCGACGCGUAGACGUAGAGCAGUUGAUCCGCCAGGGACUGCUGGAACAAAUUAAGCGUUGA